GGAGGUCCGCGAUGGACGCGGGGGACGGCGGCGGCCCCGGCCCCGGCCCCGGUGCGCUGGGGCUGGGGGGGAUCGAGUUCCUGCAGCACACGGCCGGCUCCCUGCUGUCCAGCUAUGGCUGGUACAUCCUCCUGGCCGCUGUCGCCGUCUAUGGCCUCUUCCAGAAGCUGUCCCAGCGCCUGGCGGCCCGGGGGAGCGGGCGGCCGGCAGCGGCUGACGCAGCGAUGGACGCUGACAUGGUGGUGAGGAGGCAGGAAGCUCUGGCAGCAGCUCGCCUCAGGAUGCAGGAGGAGUUGAACGCACAAGCAGAAAGAUACAAAGAAAGACAAAGACAGCUUGAAGAGGAGAAGCGAAGGCAGAAGAUAGCCAUGUGGGAAAGCAUGCAAGAAGGAAAAAGCUAUAAAGGAAACCUGAAACUGAAUCAGCAAGAAGUAGAAUCUGGUGCCUCCACCUCAUCAGCAGUCCCGAGAUCUAAACCAACCAAAAGGCCCUUGCGAGAAGGUGGCUAUAACCCCCUGUCUGGAGAAGGAGGUGGAACUUGUUCCUGGAGACCAGGCCGGCGAGGCCCAUCAGCAGGUGGAUGAGGCUAACCUCCCUAGUGUCUCAUGUCACUAGCAAGCUUGAUCUUACCCACUGUCUAACUGCCUAUAGUUUGCUUGUCACAGUGACUCUUUGGGACUGGGUUUAGUGCAGGUGUUAACAUCAAAACAGAUAUACAUCA